AUGCCUAUAUGUGAUGUGAUGAUUGGUGACGAGUCGUGGUUUUAUCAUGAGGAAAUCGGUCGAAAAUCAUCGAAUGUUGCUUGGGUGGCAAAAGAAGAUCCUCCACCUACAUCAACUAGUCCCGUUAUUAUUCAUCAUAUUGCACGUGAACGAACUGUUGACCAUCAAUAUUACAUUGACAAUUGUUUACAACCUCUCGUCAAUGAAAUCAAGCACCAAAGACCAUCAUGUGGUACACGUGGUAUUAAACUCCUUCAUGACAAUGGAAAACCUCAUGCUCAUCAAGCUAUAUCUGAUUAUUUGGAAUCAGAAGGAUGGCAAGCAGAGCAAACUACUGGUAAUAUAAUAGAUGCUAUGAACAUUAUGUGUCAUGCAAUAUCUGUUUCAAACGUUGUUGGUGUCGUUGGCCCAGCGUUAUCAAGAGAAACUCAGGUAAUUGCUCCUUUUGACGAAAAACUUGGUAUACCUGUUAUAUCAUAUUCUGCAACUAAUCCUGAUUUAUCUGAUCAAAAUGCUUAUCCUAAUUUUCAUCGUACAGUUGCUUCGGACUUUGUAGCUGCAGCAGCCCUUGCAAAAUUAUUCAUUCGAUAUAAUUGGACAACAUGUACAAUAAUUUAUCAAAAUGAUGCAUUUGGAACUGGUGGAGCCAAUGCUAUUAGUAACGCAUUUAAUAAUAGUCGUUUAACAGUCAGCCAAAUGAUUGUAUUUGAUAUUGCUAUACUUAGUAUUCGUGGUGAUUUGAAAAGUCUUUUAAUUAAUGCUGCAGCACGAAUAGUUGUAUUAUGGGCUGAAUCACUUUAUACAUAUUUGAUUUUGCAAGAGGCUCUUGACUCUAAUGUAGUUGGUCCACAAUUUACAUGGAUAAUAAGCAAUACUAUUUCAUUAAAUUCUUUCAAUCAAACAUUUUAUGACAACUUAAUUGGAAUGUUUUUGAUUGAACCAGCUGUAGGAUCAGUUGUCAAUGCAACAAUUAAUGCAACAUUAUUAGAUGCAGCAUAUAGUAUUUGGCAACAAUAUGAACCUGAAUCAUUUCCUGGAUCCAUGAAUGUAGAUAAUUAUGCAUUAUUUGCAUUCGAUGCAACAUGGACAUUAAUUCAAUCAUUACAACAAUUGUGUGCAUCAAAAAUAAAUACUUCUUCUUCAUGUUUGUCAUUUAUUGGAUCUUCAUACUGCUUUGAUCGUCAUUUCAUUCAUUCUAAGUUAUUGUUAGAUGCAGUUAGUAGAACAGAAUUUCUUGGUGUAUCUGGUCCUAUACAAUUUAGUGAUAAUGUAACAGAUCGAAUAACUGGUUUAUAUUAUUCUGCAAAAAAUGCUCAACCUUCAUCGAAUGGUUUGAAUUUUGUGCCUGUAUUAGAAUAUUUUUAUCCUAGAGAUUGGAGAAUACCUAUAAAAGAAAAUGUUAUAGUGUGGCCAGGUAGAACAUUAACACCACCUAGUGGUUUAGCACUUCUCGAAGGUAUAAAUUUACGAAUUGGUGUUAUCGAAGCAGUUCCAUUUACAAUAGUCGAAAAAGUGACAAAUCCAUCUGGACAAACUACAAUAAAGUAUAGUGGCUAUGUGCCCGAUCUUAUUGAACUUUUACGAAAUAAAAUGAAAUUUAUUCCAAUUAUUGAAUUAGCACCAUCAAAUAUGUCAUAUGAUAAAUUCGUUCAAUCAGUAAGUACUGGUGUUUAUGAUAUAGCGAUAGGUGAUGUGACUGUUACCUCUGCACGAAGAGAAUAUGUCGGCUUUUCCAAUGCUAUAUUUGAUAAUUCUUUACGUAUUAUAAUGCGAACAACAUCCACUGUUAAAAUUGAUCUGUUCUCAUUCUUAAAGCCAUUUUCACGUAAUCUUUGGUUAUUAUUCUUUGGUACUUUAAUCUAUGCUGGUAUUUUGAUAUGGAUAGCGGAGAGAAAAGAUAAUGAAGCAUUACAAAAUCGAUCAAUAUUGUAUCAAAUUGUAAUGAGUAUAUGGUAUUCUUUUGGUAAUAUUGUUGGAUAUGGUGUAGAUUUUGAAAUCGCUACAUCUGCUGGACGUUUAUUAACUGCUGGCUUAUAUAUCUUAGGUUUGAUAUUAGUAGCAUCAUAUACUGCAAAUUUAGCAUCUGAUCUGACAAUUGCAAAAUCAAAUAAUAUUAUUUCUGGAAUUGAUGAUAUUAAAAAUGGAAAAAUACCACUUAAUCGUAUCGGUAUUUUGGCAGGUUCAGCUAUUGAAGACUAUUAUUUGGGAGAAGUAUCUAAUGGUGUUCGAAAUUUUCACCCAUUACAAACGUAUGACGAUAUAUAUCAUAGUCUACUUGCAGGUAUCAUUGAUGCAUCUUUUCUGGAUGAUGGUCUUGCUGAAUAUAUCACGAAUAAUAUACAUUGUAAUUUAACUAUAAUUGGAAAUGAUUUUGAUAAAAGUUCAUAUGGUAUUGUUAUUCCUCAGCAUUGGUUACAUGCACAAGUUUUAGAUGUGACUAUUCUACAAUUAAAAGAAGGAGGUGAUCUGGAGAAUUUAAGACACAAAUGGUUUGACAUGCAGACGUGUCCUGAUUCAUCUCAAAUAUUGACUGAGAUCGGAAUUGAAGCAACAAGUGGAUUAUUUUUGGUUUUUGGAGUUAUUAGUACUUUACCAUUAUUAUUAUUUGCAUGGAAGGAACGACAAAAUAUAAAAAAUCGUUUAUUUUAA